AUGGCCAAGGUCAACAAUGCCAUACAUCCCAAGGUCACCUUCCUCGCCAUCAUCUCCCCGCUAUCAGGGCAUAUGAACCUCCCUGCCCUCUCCGCCAUCUCUGUGGACCUACACAUGUCCCUGUCGUUAACAAACCUGACAAUAACAGUCUACACCCUUGUCUCAGGGCUGACACCGUCCCUUAUCGCUCCGUUUUCUGAUUCCUACGGCCAACGACCGGUGUAUCUUUUCUCUUUGGCGUUGUGCGCACUGUCUAACAUAGGGCUUGCGCUGCAAUCCUCCUUUCCGGCCUCGAUAUCGCUAUUAUGUGUCCAAGCUGCUGGAGCUGGAGUCACAAUCUCCCUGGGGAGUGCAGUCGUAGCGGACAUGAUCACCAGAGCCGAAAGGGGAAAAUACAUCGGCUAUGCUGCGCUGUGGUUGACUCUCAGUCCUGCUCUUGCACCGACAGGAAGAAACGUGGUAGGCGAUGGGUCAGUGAGACCCGAGAGACGGUGGAGUAGGACGGGAUGGGAUCUACUGAAGCACAUCAAGAGGCACGAGAUGACAGAGGAGGAAGAAGGCAGACAUACCAUGGAGGAGGCAGCAGAGAAAAAGGUCAGCAUACACACCUCAGUGAGAAUACUGGGAGAGAAGGAAGCGUUUGUGACAGUAAUGGCUGGGGUGCUGUUCUCGGGCGGGUAUUUCAUGGUGUUGAUCACGCUCGGUUCUCAACUUUCUGAACGGUUCAGUUUCCGUCCCAUAAUCGUGGGUGUGUGCUACCUGCCGCUGGAAACCGGAAUGAUCGCAUCACGAUGGACAGUAGGAUGGCUUCUCGACUGGAACUUUGGACGAUGGGCACGGAAUUUGGGUUUGAAGUUCGAUCUAGACAGGCAGCAGCGGUUAGAGGAGGUUCCUAUCGAUAAGAUACGACUGGAAGUUGCGUUGGGUGCGUUAUAUGUUCUUUUUGGGACUGUUGUGGCGUACGGGUGGACCGUGAAAACGAAGUCGUCGUUGGUUGGGAUCGAGAUUGCUCUCUUCUUCUUGGGAGUGUUCUUUGCUGGAGCGAUCAAUGGGCUCAAUGUUCUUGUCAUCAACACCCAUCCCGACAGCCCAGCCACGGCGGUUGCAGCGAGUAAAUUAGUACGGUGCGUGGUCGCUGCUGGGGCUAGUGCAGUCGCGAUGCCUAUUAUAGAGCGAGCUGGAAUGGGGUGGGCGUCAGCGAGCAUCGCCGGGGCAUGGUUGGGGUUUAGUCCGCUGUUGUGGAUGGUGAUGUAUUGCGGAGCAAAUUGGAGACAGGAUGUUAAACUGAGAAGUAAUGAAACUGGAAGAGAUAGAGCUUAA